UGGGACGUUCUUCCCUCAACUGUCAACCUCUGUCUCAACUUUAUAAGAGUCAACACUGAAACAAACCAAGCUUCACUGGCUCUAGAGCGAAAAUAUACUGCUGAUACACAGUGAGAUAUAUAAAGAAACUAACUGAAACAGAAAUGAACAAGAAUAGAAAAGCAAGUGGUCUUCUCAUUAUUAUUAUCUCCCUUCUUCUGCUCUGCAUUGCAUCAGGUGAGAAGGACCAACUAAACCAGAUGUUUAGCAGAGGACUUCGACUUAUUGUGGAAGUUCCUCACGUCCGUGUUGACCACCUGGUGACUCCGAAGGUGCAUAUUCUUCUGCCUUCUGGCGUUCAGAAGCAGCGUGCAGAGAGAGUGACGCUCGCCUGUGUCAUCACCGGGUUACAGUCUAAAGCUGUGAGGAUCACAUGGAAGGUGCACGGAGCAACAGGUCUCAAAAAACACAGCAGCCCUCCACAAGUGCACCGAGAGGCUGGAGGCACCUUCUCUGCUGUGGGCCUGUACUCGGUGCUCGCUCAUAAAUGGAGUCAUGGGAAUACGUACAGGUGUGAGGUGACUUACAAAGCGGCGUUUCACUACGAUAAGGCAGAGUCGUCUCUCUGUGUUCCCCCUGAGGAACUGUAACUGUGUCCUGUGUUAGAGAUUCACGCUGACCGCUGAGCCGGAGCACAUAUCUCACUUCAAAAUCAAAAGAGGGAGAGAAAAAAAAAAGGACAACAUAUUUUCAAAAUAAUUUGGAGAGUGUUGUUAAAUUCCAAAUUCUGAAUUUUUGUAUUGUCAUAUUGUUUUCAUAUUAUUUAUAAACAUGCAAUUGAUUUAUAUAAAACUUGGCUUAUUAUUUGCUUUAAACAUUCUUAUAAUUAUUAUACAGUUUUGUUUUGGUUUCAUUUUCUUUGGUUAGCUAGCCCCCUUCUUCUUCUUUAUGUGAA